AUGCUGCAGCCCCGCCGAAUCCUUUUAUCUCUUGCCCUGCUGGCGCCGCAGUUACCACGUCAACCGGCCGAUGCCUUCGCCGUUCCCUCUGCUGCUGCUCCUGCGGCAGCCUCUCCUCGGCCGAAGGCCCCGCGGCGAUUGCUGAUCCUCCCCGACGCUCGAGCCGACCUGUCGAAUCCUGACUGCUGGCACCACCAUCUGAAGGCAAACGUGGUGGUGGCCGACAAAGACGUGGAAGUGACUAUUGAAGACAUGCCCGACCCUUACUCGUUCAACACCAAGCGGUACGAAACCUUUUGGUUAAAUUUCAUGGCGGAUGAGCUAGCACUUGACCCUGGCACUCUGGUGGUUGCCCACGGCACAGCGGCGGACGCCGUUCUGCGCUUCGUCGAAAAGUAUGAAGUUUGGGGCGCCGUGCUCGUGUGCCCGGGCGGAGAGAUGUACCAUGCUGGCGAGAGGCAUGGGAGAGCUUACGUGUGGCCGGCGGUGCGGAGGGGUUGCCCAUGGCUAGCGAUCGUGCAUGGAAACGGGGACCCCAUAAUGGGGGACGCCGAGGCCGGAAGGAUGAAGGGCGCCCUUGGCGUACCCCCUCUGUUGUUCCGGGAGGCUGAUGGGGGUCAGCAGCGACUCAGAGAUCACACAGGCAGUCUACGGGAGGUGGAAGAGCUUGUGCUGUCUGCGUUUUAAAGUUGACUCCAUUUUCGACCCAGGUCGAACAUGUGGGACAAUUACUUGAUGACACCUGCUGGGAACAUCCUUGGGCACUUUUGAGAACAUGUUGCAAAACUUGACGGUUCGUGACUGGACGUCCCUGGAAAUCGUUGUUUCUUGAGGAGUCAAGAGCCGUUGUAAGUAUGUAUAUUCGACAUAAACAUAAUUGGAAUUGACGUUAGAAAGAGGUCUAGCCUCUCUCAUGAUAUGCGGGCGUUGGGCCGGCACACGGUGGUUGGUAUGGUUGGUAUGGACUUGCCGCGUACGGGGCCGUAGGAACUUCAGGUCACUGCGUGUUGUUUGUAGGCGACAUUCUUCGUCGAAUAAGAUGCGGGGGGGUUGUUGU